GUUUUCGAGACGUUUCUGGAAGCUCGUUUCCAACGUAUAUACCCGUUGGUCGCGCAGUUGCUGUGGCAUAGAAGAAAGAUUCUUCGUUUGUGUGUAUCCACAUCGAUACGCUUUUUGGAUUACUGGACUCGCAAGAGUACCGACCUUCAUUGACCUACAAGUCUACCUACAACACCAAAGGAGACGAUGGGUAAAGACUACUACAAGAUCCUCGGCAUCAGCAAGGGUGCCAGCGACGAUGACAUCAAGAAGGCCUACCGGAAGCUCGCCCUCAAGUACCAUCCCGACAAGAACAAGUCUGCGGAGGCCGAGGAGAAGUUCAAGGAGGUUGCCGAGGCGUACGAGGUGCUCAGCGACAAGAAGAAGCGGGACGUGUACGACCGCUUCGGCGAAGAAGGCCUCAAGGGCAACGCCGGCGGUGGCGGCGGCGGAGGACCCAACAUGCCUGGAGGCCAGUCGUUCACCUACACCUUCCACGGCGACCCGCGGGCCACGUUCGCCCAGUUCUUCGGCACCGACAACCCGUUCGAGAGCUUCUUCAACUUUGGCGGCGGACCCGGGGGCCCCGGCGGCAUGAACAUGUUCUUCGGUGGACCCGGUGGGGGCGCCGACGACGACAUGGACCUGGACGGCGACCCCUUCGGCGUGCCCAUGGGCGGCGGGAGACCCGGCGCGAACCCGUUCCGGUCCCAGAGCUUCACGGCGGGCGCCCGGCCGGGCAGUGGCGGAAAGGCUCAGGGCAGGCAGGACCCUGCCAUCGAGCACGAUCUGCACGUGACACUCGAGGAGGUUCUCCGCGGCUGCACCAAGAAGAUGAAGAUCAGCCGGAAAGUCAUGGGACCGGACGGCCGCACGCCCAAGCGCGAGGAGAAGGUGCUCACCAUCAACGUGAAGCCCGGCUGGAAGGCCGGCACGAAGAUCACCUUCCAGCGGGAAGGCGACCAGCUUCCCGGCACCAUCCCGGCGGACAUCGUGUUCAUCAUCCGCGACAAGCCCCACCCGCAGUUCAAGAGGGAAGGCGCUGACAUCCGCUACACUGCGAGGCUCACGCUCAAGCAGGCUCUUUGUGGAGUGACGAUAGAGGUGCCAACAUUGACCAAGGGCAAGAUAUCGCUGCAACUGAAGGAUAUUGUCAAGCCCACAACAGUCAAGCGGAUCCAGGGCCAAGGCCUGCCGUACCCCAAAGACCCAACAAAGCGUGGUGACUUGCUUGUUGGCUUCGACAUCCAGUUCCCCGAGCACUUAACGGAAAGUGCGCGGCAAAUUCUCUGGGACACGUUGCCUCCCCAUGUCUGAGCAAAGCAGCAUGGGUAUUUGGCAAGAGGACAUACGUGACUUUUGUAAAGCCCUUCCUAAGGUCGGCAACUGGGGAUGGCCGUCGCAUGUAUUUCUGUGCAACAAUAGGACUGGAACAAAUUUUUUGCUUGGACGGCUUUAUGCCUUGACAGAGCCCCCACAAGGACAUACUGGUCUUCUGCAAGUCUGGUGGACACCACAGGCUGCAGCCGGCCCUAGAGUGCAACUCUUGUAGUGAUCCACAGGAUCGCUGCACAGGAUGCCUGGCCAUGCUGCAGAUUGGAAGACUGCAGUCGCACUCGGUUCUGACUGCAAACACCCAUGCCUUGUGGGUGCCAUUGCGUCAUCACAUUGUAGGAUCUCUCGUCUUCACAUGCUUUUAUAAGGUUGGCAGACGUUGCAGCCCUAUUUGCAUUUCACUAUGCAUCAAGCCACUUGUCCAGUGAAGUUCCCAUGUGCUGCAGUCGUCUGCCCUUGUACAUAAUGUAAAUAAUGGCAUGCACUUUUUUUUUGUGUGCACAGAUAUGGGCGCCCAAAGUAUAUCUGUGGCACACUAGUGAUGCUUUGUACAGAGAGUACUCUUUGUCGCUGUAAAUAAACACUUUGCUACAUUGUGA